GCCUGUUCCCCUUGACUCCUCCUCCGCUGCGUUGCUCAUCUUCUUGUUCUGGUUUGUGGUCCACUGCAGCCACCGUAGUCAGGUAGCAAGAUGGCGGCGUCCGUCUUCACAGGUGCGCUGAGAGCCGCUUCAGGAAUAUUACGGCCCCUGAAUGUUUUGGCAUCUUCAACCUAUCGGAACUAUGCAAAGAAUGCCUGUCUUACUUCUGCACUGUGCACCAUUCAUUUUAGACACAUUCAGACACCAGUUGUUUCCUUUGCUCCAAGACUUGUCACAUCUGUCAGAAACCUGACACAUGGGCAUACUGCAACAGUCCUUAAUAGAGUGGCUGCAUUGGUUCCCAGUGUCCUGAAGCCGCCUGUCAGAACUCUAACGUACUGCAGCACACGGAAAGGCAAGAGGAAGACAGUAAAAUCGGUCGUCCAUCGGUUCCUUCGACUUCAUUCUGGCCUUUGGCUAAGGAGAAAAGCUGGCUAUAAGAAAAAAUUAUGGAAAAAGUCAACGGCAAGAAAAAAGCGCUUAAGGGAAUUUGUGUUCUGCAACAAGACCCAGAGUAAACUCCUGGAUAAAAUGACCACGUCUUUCUGGAAGAGGCGCAACUGGUAUGCUGAUGAUCCUUACCUGAUGUACCAUGAUCGAACGAACCUGAGAGUAUAGUUCAGAGCUUUCAUAGGCUCCCAACUAUGGAAUGUGGAUCUUUGUGUACAUGAUAUCCUUGCAGAAGUGAGUAUGUGGUAAACUGUACCAACUGAUUGACAAACAGAAUAUCACCAUUGUGCUUAAAAGUCCAUGUAUUAAAUAUUCCCAGAGUUGGUCAUGGAAUUAAAAGUUAUUUUGUGCAUUAUU